CAGAGACGUGAUGCUGGAGACCUUCAGAAACCUAGCCUCAGUGGAUGAUGAGACUCAAUGAAAAAUUUGGGAAGAACUCAGCAUUGAAGAUCAGUACACAUACCAGAGUAGACACCCGAGGUGAGUUGCACUCAGAGAAAGCAGUAUUUCAGGAGGGAAUCUUAGCAUGUCACGAAGUUUAAAAAGCAAACAAAGCACACGUAAGCCUAGGUCAGAUUUGUUUAUUCAUAGAGAGUUUCACGAAGAUUUUUUUAAAUUUGACAUUCAUGUUAUGCUAGAAACAGUUGAAAACAAUCAGCAGGAGAGAUCAUGUUUAAGAAACACUUGUUUUUGUAAUGGUUGCAGUUGAGCCCCCUUUCGUGGCAUUGAGUUCAUUCCACUUUAAAAGAAGUCAAAUCAGUGAGAAAAUUUACCCAUUCAGUGAAAUCCAUGAUAGUGUAAUCCUGUGUGUAUGUGUGUGUGUGUGCUCAGUCAUGUCUGACUCUUUGCAACCCCAUGGACUGUAGCCCAUCAGGCUUCUCUGUCCAUGAAAUUCUCCAGGAAAGAAUACUGAAGUGGGUAGCCAUUUCCUCCUCUAGAGGGUCUUUCCGACUCAGGGAUUGAACCCAUGUCUCUUGUGUGUCCUGCAUUGGCAGGUAAAUUCUUUAUCACUGCACCACCUGGGAAGCCCUGUAAUCCUUGUACUUACUAAUAAAGUGAAACCAUUUAUAACAUGCUUCUCAUGUUUAACAGAAAUCAUGUGGUGGAAAGACUCCAUGAAAGUAAUGAUCAUUGUGGGGAAGGCUUCAGUCAGAUUCCAAAUCUUAACCUGUACCAGAAAACUCUCACUGGAGUAAAACAGUAUGAAUACAGUGCAUACAAAAAAGCCUUCAUGCAUUGUUCACUCAAGAAUCACAGCACUGCUCGCACUGGACAUAAGCCGUAUCAGUGUCAGGACUGUGGGCAGGCCUACAGUUGUCAUUCACACCUAAGGACGCAUGUGAGAAUCCAUAAUGGAGAAAGGCCCUUUGUGUGUAAAUUAUGUGGAAAAACCUUUCCCCGUACUUCUUCCCUCAACCGGCAUAUCAGGAUUCAUACGGCUGAGAAAACCUACGAAUGUCAGCAAUGUGGGAAAGCCUUCAUUGAUUUUUCAAGUCUUACUAGUCACGUGAGAACUCACACUGGAGAGAAACCAUAUCAAUGUAAGGCAUGUGGGAAAGCUUUCAGCUACUCCUCAACUUUUCGAAGACACAUGAUAACACACACUGGAGAGAAGCCCUAUAAGUGUAUGGAAUGUGGGGAAGCCUUCAGCUACUCCUCAACUUUUCGAAGACACAUGAUAACACACACUGGAGAGAAGCCCUAUAAGUGUAUGGAAUGUGGGGAAGCCUUCAGCUACUCCUCAACUUUUCGAAGACACAUGAUAUCACAUACCGGGGAGACACCACAUAAAUGUAAGGAAUGUGGGGAAGCCUUCAGUUAUUCCUCAGCUUUUCGAAGGCACAUGAUAACACACACGGGAGAGAAGCCCUAUGAAUGUAAGCAAUGUGGAAAAACCUUCAUCUAUCCCCAGUCAUUUCGAAGACAUGAAAGGACGCACGGUGGAGAAAAACCCUAUGAAUGUGACCAGUGUGGAAAAGCAUUCAGCCACCCAUCCUCCUUUCGAGGACACAUGAGGGUGCACACUGGAGAGAAACCUUACAAGUGCAGUCAGUGUGGGAAAACUUUCAACUGGCCCAUAUCCUUACGAAAACACUUGCGAACUCACACUAAGGAGAAACCCUAUGAAUGUAAACAGUGUGGAAGAGCCUUCAAUUUGUCUGCUUGCUUUCGAGAGCAUGUGAGAAUGCAUCCUGGAGACAAGUCUUAUGAAUGCAAGCUAUGUGGGAAAGCCUUCUACUGUCACCUCUCCUUACAGAAACAUAUGAGAAGGCACACCGCCGAGAAGCUUUAUGAAUGCGAGCAAUGCCAGAAAGCUUUCAGUUGGCCUGAACUUUUGCAACAGCAUGUGAGAACGCAUACUGCAGAGAAACCGUACGAAUGCAAGGAAUGUGGUAAAGUCUUCAAGUGGCCCUCAUCCCUACCAGUACAUAUGAGAAUGCACACUGGAGAGAAACCGUACGAAUGUAAGCAGUGUGGGAAGGCCUUCAGUUGUUCCUCAUCCUUAAGAAGACAUGUGAGGAUACAUACUGUGGAGAAAUACUACAUGUGUAAUGGAGAAAAUCAUCCUGCAAAUGAAUUCAUGCACAGUGCUUCAGAAAAUUCACACGAGGAGAGAAAUCUUAUAAAAGUUGAAAAUCCGGUAUUGCCUUUAUGAGUCCCUCGUCAUGGAAGUGGAUCCAUAUGGAGUGUGUUUCUAGUUCUUUUUGAUAAAAAUUAACUGUUAAAGUACUCUCUUAACUAUAGUACAUAAAUUUUGUAGGUAGUGGGUUUUUUUUUUUUUAAUGUUUCAGGAAAUAAAACAUUUAUCUUUCCAGUUGGACUCAUGGGUGAUUUGCAGUGUAUUUUUAAUAUAUACACUAUAUUAAAUAUAUAGUUUAGAGCAACUACCCAAUGUGGGGCUCAAACCCAUGACCCUGGGUUAAAAGCCUGAUGCUGUACUGACUGAGCUAGCCAGGCAGUUAAAUAUAUACUUUAAUAUCUUAGUUGUUUAAAUUGUCCUUUCAAGGGUCAUUGGAAAAAUGACCUUGUGGUAUUUGUUGAAAUUUUCCUACUGGCUUAGCGUGGCAGAUACUGGAUAAUCAACUAUUACAUGUUUUCCACCAUGGUAUUGAGACAGCCUUUAUUUAUUUAGGCCAGUGGAGCCUUAUUUCAUUUUUCUUAAAAAUGGUAGAAAUUUGUAAUUAUGCAGAGUUCUUCAAAGUGUGUAGUCUCAUGUGAAUUGUUACUUUCAACUUUUAUGCUUUGCUCUGUCUUUGCUUGUGAUUGUGAAUUAAAACUAGGUUUUUUAUUUAAGAGACACUUAUGAUGUCACCAUGAGAUAUCGAGUUCUGGAUUGUGUUACAUCAGCAUGAGUAGUGUUAGGAACUACAGUUCCCUAGAUCCCUUCCCUUUAUGAUUCUGUGUCCAAAUAUACUAGAAGCCUAUUGAUGUGAGAAACAGAAGGCAGAAGUGAAGCCAUUACUAAGAUUUUGCAGUUUGUUGUUGUUGUUUAGUUGCUCAGUUAUGUCUGACUUUUUUGGGACCCCAUGGACUGUA